AUGUCCCCUCUCACAGAACAAGACACCUUCAAAGGCUGGGUCGCCCACGACGCCAAAAGUCCCCUAACAUACACAACCUACAUCCCGAAACCCUUCACACCCACCGACGUCGAAAUCUCCAUCUCCCACUGCGGCAUCUGCGGCACCGACAUCCACACCCUACGCUCAGGCUGGGGUCCAGCCGACUACCCCUGCGUAGUCGGCCACGAGAUAAUCGGCACAGUAACACGUCUCGGCAGCGCCGUCGAAUCCGAGUCUAACCCUAACGCAAUCCGCCUCGGCGACCGCGUCGGCGUCGGCGCACAGAGCGGCGCCUGUCUCCGCGCAGACUGCGAAGCCUGCGCCGACGGCGAGGAAAGCUACUGCGUCCGCAUGACAGGCACUUACAACGGACGGUACAGCGACAAGUCGAAGUCGUAUGGCGGGUUUGCAGAGAAAUGGCGCGGGCCUGCGCAUUUCGUAUUCCGGAUUCCGGAUUCUCUGCCCUCGGCCGAGGCGGCGCCGUUGCUGUGUGCGGGUGUUACUGUGUUUGCGCCGUUGAGGAAGUACGGUGUUGGGCCUGGGAAGACGGUUGGGAUUGUUGGGGUUGGGGGGUUGGGUCAUUUAGGGAUUUUAUUUGCUAGGGCGCUUGGGGCGGAUCGUGUUGUUGCUAUUUCGCGGUCGUCGGGGAAGAAGGCGGAUGCUGUUGGUGGGCUUGGAGCUGAUGGGUUUAUUGCUACGGGUGAGGAGAAGGGGUGGGCGAAGAAAUACUCGCGCUCGCUUGAUGUUAUCUUGUGUACGGUUUCGGCGCAUGAUAUGCCCUUUGCGCAGUAUUUGAGGCUGCUUAAGCGCGAUGGGACUUUUGUGCAGGUUGGGGCGCCGGAGGAUGCAUUGCCGCCGCUUAUGGCUUGGAGUCUUAUUCAGAAGGGUGUUAAGGUCACUGGGUCCAAUAUUGGUUCACCGGGUGAUAUUCGGGCUAUGUUGGCUCUGGCUGCGGAGAAGAGGGUCUUGCCUUGGAUUCAGAAGAGGGAUAUGGUGGAUGUUAAUCAGGCGUUAGUUGAUAUGCAUGAGGGAAAGGCCAGAUAUCGGUAUGUGCUGCAAAAUGGUAUUGAGCAGGCGAAAUUGUAG